CAGAGAAAAGAAACUGCAAGUAAACAAAGUGCGACGACAUAAAAUUAUAAACAGUAUAAACAUGUCAGCAUCAAAAUCGGGUCCACCAAGUGAGGGAAGUGCUCCUGCCUACGAUUAUCGCAAUGCCGGCGAUGCCAUGGCCAUGCGAGCACCUCCGCCGACCUACGAAGAAAGUCAGCGGAAUGGAGGCACAGGUGCUGGGGCCUAUGGAUAUCCACAGGGAGCAGCUGCUCCGCCCAGCCAGAAUCAGUACUACGGCAUGAUUAGCCACCACCAACAGCAGAUGCCCGGCUACGGGAUGCACCACGCCAAUGGCUACGGACUCGCAGGACCCAGCACUUCGGCAGGCGCCGCUGCCGCACAGGUCCUCCACCUGGACUCACGCGCCGAGGUGAGGACAAAUGCUACUGGGAACGUGGUCAUACCACCUCCGCCGCCCGGUUGCCUGCCCACUCCGGCCCAAUGGGCUGCCAUGCAGGGCCAACCGGUGGUGCUCAAGCAAAAGAAGCGUUCCUUUUUCUAG